GGGUGGAGUCUGAGUAGAAGUGCUUUCAAUACCUUACCCUGACAGCUGACCUAUAAACUUACAAGAAAUACUUAAGAGAUUUUUUUUUUUCCUCAGACUGGAAGCUGUGGACCUCAUUGGAAACCCAGACGGUCCUGUUUUUUAUAUGUCAGUGGUUUUAAAACUAUGAUCCAAAAAUGACUGGGGAUCGGCGGGGGCCAAGAUGGCGGACUAGGUGGACGCUACCGCGGAUCCCUCUUGCAACAAAGACUCGGAAAAACAAGGGAAUCGAUCACAUACAUAACAAUCUACGAACUCUGAACAACAAGCACAGACUUAGAGACGGAAAACGAACAAAUACGGGCAGACAGCGACUGUUUUCAGAACUAGGAGCCAGCGCACCAGAGAACAACUUGCAAUGGAGCCCUCACCUCUUGAAUUACCAGCUGACACAAUACGACGUAUUGCGGCAGAACUCAGAUGUAGCCCCACAGACGUGCAGGUUGCUCUCCGCCUCGAUGAGGAAGAUAAGCUGAGGCACUUCAGGGAGUAUUUUUACAUCCCCAAAAAGCAAGAUCUGCCUCCAAUUGAUUUAUCUUUAGUGAAUAAGGAUGAAAAUGCCAUCUAUUUCUUGGGAAAUUCUCUUGGCCUUCAACCAAAAAUGGUUAAAACAUAUCUGGAAGAAGAACUGGAUAAGUGGGCCAAAAUUGGAGCCUAUGGUCAUGAAGUAGGGAAACGUCCUUGGAUUACAGGAGAUGAGAGUAUUACAGGUCUUAUGAUUGACAUCGUAGGAGCCAAUGAGAAAGAAAUAGUUCUAAUGAAUGGUUUAACUGUGAAUUUACAUCUUCUACUGUUAUCGUUUUUCAAGCCUACACCAAAACGGUAUAAAAUUCUUCUAGAAGCCAAAGCCUUCCCUUCAGAUCAUUACGCUAUUGAGUCACAGCUUCAACUUCAUGGACUUAAUGUUGAGAAGAGUAUGCGGAUUAUAAAGCCAAGAGAGGGGGAAGAAACCUUGAGAAUGGAGGAUAUCCUUGAUGUAAUUGAGAAGGAAGGAGACUCGAUUGCCGUAAUCCUUUUCAGUGGGGUACAUUUUUACACUGGCCAGCUGUUUAAUAUACCUGCCAUCACCAAAGCUGGACAAGCAAAGGGUUGUUUUGUUGGCUUUGAUCUAGCACAUGCUGCUGGAAAUGUCGAACUCCACUUACAUGACUGGGGAGUUGAUUUUGCCUGCUGGUGUUCCUACAAGUAUUUAAAUUCAGGAGCCGGAGGUCUUGCUGGCGCCUUUGUCCACGAAAAGCAUGCCCACACGAUAAAACCUGCGUUGGUGGGAUGGUUUGGCCAUGAACUCAACACCAGAUUUAAAAUGGAUAACAAACUUCAGUUAAUCCCCGGGGCCACUGGAUUCCGAAUUUCAAAUCCUCCCAUUUUGUUGGUCUGUUCCUUACAUGCUAGUUUAGAGAUCUUUAAGCAAGCAACUAUGCAAGCAUUGAGGAGAAAAUCUGUUUUGCUAACUGGUUAUCUGGAGUACCUGAUCAAGAAUUACCAUAACAAAGAUAAAGCAGAAAGCAAGAAACCAGUUGUGAACAUAAUUACUCCACCCCAUAUAGAAGAACGGGGCUGCCAGCUAACACUAACAUUUUCUGCUCCAAUGAAAUAUGUUUUCCAAGAACUAGAAAAAAGAGGAGUGGUUUGUGACAAGCGGGAACCAAAUGGCAUUCGAGUGGCUCCAGUUCCUCUCUACAACUCUUUCCAUGAUGUUUAUAAAUUUGUCAGUCUACUCAUUUCUGUACUUGACUCCACAGAAACCAAUAAUUAGAAGUGUUUUCUAGAACAACUUAAUCAAAUACACUGAAAGCUGCUGUAGUUAUUAUUGUUAUUAUCUAACUUUAAUUAAUGGAACUACUUCAAAAUCGAUUGCCCCUAGCUGGGGAUGAAUUGCAUACUUUACAGAAAUAUCUAACACAAUGUUUCUGAGUCUAUAGCCCUUAGGAAUCCUUAUGGCUGUCCAGUUUCCCCACCCACACUUGGGUCCUAAUCCACACUUUUCAAGGAUGUUUCUUUAUUUAAUGUUGUCACAAUAUUUUGUUUUUCUUUGUUUUUUUUUAAGGGGCUUUCUCUAGUGCAAGAGUUUAAAUAUUACUCUGUCUCCAAAGCAGUAAAAAAAUCACCCCAAGGUACUUGUGAUUAAGGUUUUAAAGAUUAGGAAAUAAGAACCUCAUCUCUCUGACUGUAUUUAUGGACCUUUCUGAUCCACUAUGACAACUGAAGUUAAAUCAGCUCUGUUGGACUUCCUUAGUUUUCAGUUGUUGAUGCCACAACCAGUAUUACUGAAUUUGCAAAGUAUUCUAUGUUUGUGUACAUGAGAAGGAAGAAAGUGAAUAUGACAUAGUUAUUGCUCCUGAUUAAACAGAUUUGAAUGAAACAAACUGACUUAGACAAACAGAUUGAUGGUAGAGUUAAAUAAAAAGAUAAGGAACUCCAACACCAACACGCACCAACAUCAGCAACUACUGACACUUAUCAAGCACUUACCACGUAUCCUGGUGGUGCAGUGGUUAAGAGCUCAGCUCUUAAUCAAAAGGUUGGCAGUUUGAAUAUACCAAUUGCUCUUUGGAAACCCUAUGGGCCAGUUCUAGUCUGUCCUAUAGGGUCACUAUGAAUCAGAAUCGACUUAAUGGCAACAGGUUUGGGUUUUUUGGUAUCAUGUACCAGGUACUAUGCUAAACUUUUUUUGUUAUCUUGUUUAAUUGAGUGGUCAUACAAUUGCUUUAGCAAAGCUUCUCACUCCAUCUUUUGAUGACACUCAUCACAAAUGGAAGCAUGCUCAGAACCUUAAACCAGGACCAUUCUUGAUUUCAGAUAGAAGGAAUCAUUUUUAAAUAAAUAAUGGUGAACAAAACAGACAUGUCUUUAGUUCUCGUAGAACAUGUAGCUUAGUGGAAGAGCAAAUAGUAAACAAGUAAAUUCCCAAGUAAAUAUACAAUUAUAAAUUAUUACUUCUGUGAAAGACGAAUAGACGAUACUAUGAGAAAAAAGAUCUGAGGGGUAUGAAUUACAUGGUUAAGUAGGAGAAAAAUACAUAGGUUUAUUUUCUAAAAUAUUUCAUACUAAUCCCAUUAAAACUGUAUGUACUAGUCAUUCCAGGAAUAAUCAGCACCACGUACUCACCAGUUAGGUUAAGAAAUAGAGCAUUUAGAAACUACUUCUGUGACAUUCCCAGACAACACCCUCUUCCCUCCUCAAAUCCAGAGAUAACCAUUUUGUGUUAAUCAUUUCGUCACUUUCUUUAAAGUUUUACAGGUUUGUAUGUAUCCAUAAAACUAUUUAAUUUUUCCUGUGUAUGAACUUUGUAGAAAUGGAAUCCUUCAUACUGUAUUUAUUCUUCAGCUUCUUUAGCUCAACAUCAUUUUUUGUUGUGAUUCAUCCAUUUGUUGUAUGCAGCUCUUCAUCACUUUCCUUGCUGCACAGGAUUCUGUUAUAUAAUUGGAGUUAAUUUACUCUUCUACUGUAGAACGUUUGGGUUGUUCUAAAUAUUUUACAAUUUCAACAAUGCUGCUAUGAAUAUUCUUGGCACACGUUUAAAAUUUUGUGUAGGACAUAUAGCUGUGAAAAUGCUGUGUCAUAGGGAACAUACAUUUCCAAGUUUACUAUGUAAUCUCGAAAUGGUUUCCAAAGUGGUUGUACCAGUUUCCACCUCAACCAAUAAAUAAGAGUUCCCCUGGUCCAAAUCCUUGCCAAUAGCAACUACUGACUUUUUUUUUUUUUUAAUUGUGGAAAGCUGGAAGGUAUAAAAUGGCAUUUCAUUGUAAGUAUAUUUUUUAUUUCCUUAAUUAAUAAAAAAAAGUUGAGAGAUGAUUCAUAAAUUUUGGGGGCCUUUGUGUUCCUUAUUCUGUGAAAUGCCUGUUGAUACUGUUUGUCCAUUUUCUAUUCAGUUCUUUGACUUCUUCUCAUUGAUUCAAAGGCUUUAAAGAUAAUGUUGAAAUUUAUAUUUAUUCCAUAUAUUUUCUCCCAGUUUAUAACUUGUAUUUUGUGUAUUUGUGUGUGUGUGUGUGUGUGUAUAGGCUUUUGAUGAAUGUAGCAGCUAGUAAGGGCUGCCAUCGACUCAGCUCCCAGCUCAUGAUGACCCAGUGCACAACAAAAUCAGAUCUUUAUUUAUCCAUAGGGUUAUCACUGGCUGAUUUGGGGGAAAUAGAUUGCCAGGCCUUUCUUCCUACUCUGUGUUAGUCUAGAAGCUCCAUAGAAGCCUGUUCAGGACCAUAGCAACACGUGAGCUUCCACUGACAGACAGGUGUUUGAUGAGCAUGAGAUGACUUCGCUGGGAACUGAACUUGGGUCACUCGCAUGUUAGCUGAGAAUUAUACCACUGAACCACCGCUACCUCCUCCUUUGAUGACCCGAAGUUCAUAAUUUUAAACUAAUCAAGUGUAUCAACAUAUGACAAUGUUUGUGUUUUUUUAGUUUUUAUUCAAAUAGUUUACCUAUCCUAAAUAGGAAAGAUACCAGAAAGCUGUUUACCUGUGUUUUAUUGACUAUUCAAAGGCAUUCAACUGUGUGGAUCAUAACAAACUAUUGAUAACUUUGUGAAAACUGAAAAUUCCAGACAUUUAAUUGUGUUCAUAAGGAAUCUGUACAUAGACCAAGAAGCAGUCAUCUGAACAGAGCAAGGGGAUACUGCAUGGUUUAAAAUCAGAAAAGGUAUGUGUCACGAUUGUAUUCUUUCACCAUAUAUAUUCAAUAUGUAUAUUGAGCAAAUAAUCCUAGAAGCUGGACUAUAUGAAGAAGAACAUGGCAUCAGGGUUGGAGGAAGACACAUCAACAACCUGAAAAAUGCAGAUGACACAACCUUGCUUGUUGAAAGCAAAGAGAACUUGAAGCACUUACUGAUGAAGAUCAAAGACUACAGCCUUCAGUAUGGAUUACACUUCAAUGUAAAGAAAAUGAAAAUCCCCAUGACUGGACCAAUAAGCAACAUCACGAUAAAUGGAGAAAAUACUGAAGCUGUCAAGGAUUUCAUUUUACUUGGAUCCACAAUCAACGCUCAUGGAAGCAGCAGUCAAGAGAUCAAAGGAUGUAUUGCAUUAGGCAAAUAUGCUGCAAAAAAACUCUUUAAAGUGUUAAAAAUCAAAGAUGUCACUUGGAGGACUAAGCUGUGCCUGACCCAAGCCAUGGUAUUUUCAAUCGCCUCAUAUGCAUGUGAAAGCUGGACAAUGAAUAAGGAAGACUGAAAAAGAAUUGGUGCUUUUGAAUCAUAGCGUUGGCGAAGAAUAUUGCCUAUACCAUGAACUGCCAUAAGAACGAACAAAUCUGUUUUGGAAGAAGUACAGAAAGAAGUGAUGAUGGUGCGACUUUGUCUCAGGUUCUUUGGGCAUGUUGUCAGCAGGGCCCAGUCCCUGGAGAAGGACAUCAUGCUUAGUAGAGGGUCCGAAAAAAGAGGAAGGCCCUCAUUGACACAGUGGCUGCAACAAUGGGAUCAAACAUAGCAACAGUUAUGAGGAUGUUGCAGGACCAGGCAGUAUUUCAUUCUGCUAUACAUAGCGUCGCUAUGAGUCAGAACCUACUCAACGGCACUGAACAACAACAACAUCUUAAAUAUAAAAAAAAUAGUCUUUUCUAUUAUAAAUUUUUAUGACUGCUGUAUAGGAGAGUUAUAAAUCAUAUUUAAUUUUUAUAAACUUAUAAAUAUAUAUUUAUAAAUAUAUAAAUACUUCAUUUUUUCCAUGUGGAUAAUUUUAUUUUUUUAUGCUCCGUAAUGCUUGCUUUGUUGUAAGUCAAGUUUCUAUAGAUAUGUGAGUUUCCUUAUGGGCUAUCUGUACUUAGUCAUUGGCCCAUCUGUCUAUUUUUGCAUCAAUACCACAUUGCCUUAAUUACAAUAAUAUAAUAGGGCCUGGCAUCUGCUAGAUUACAUGCCUCAACUUUUUUUUUUUAAGGAUUUCCUUGGUUCUCAUGGGUUCAUUUAUUUUUCCUUAUACAUUUUUUAAUACAUGUUAUUAUUCCUGAAAAAUGAUUUCACUUAGUAUAAAGUUCUAUGUUGACAGUCCUUUUCUCUAAGGAUAUAGGAAAUAUUUCUUUUUGGCUGCCAUUAUUGCUAUUAAGCAUUUAGACAUUCCUUUCUUAAAAAAAAAAAAAAAUUUUUUUUUUUUUCCUUAGGUUGCUUCUAAGAUCUCAUUGUCUUUAAUGAUCUGUAGUUUUAUUAUGUGUGUAGGUGGUUUUUUUUUUUUAGGUGGUUAUUAUAUUUGUUAUAUUUGUGAUGUGCUGUGCUCCCAAGUUCUGAAGAUUAUUUUUUUUUUUACUUCUGGAAAAUUCUAAGACAUUAUUUCUUCAAAUAUUACCUCUUCUUCAUUGUCUACUUUUGGAACUUCAGUAAGAGGCACGAACACUUUUUCACUCUCCAUCCUUAUCUCUAGCCUUUUAUUUUCUAUUUUUCUAUUUAAUUUCCAUACUGUUCUUGAUUAUUUCUUCAGAUCUACUUUCCUAGUUUAUUAAUUCACCCUUCAGUUGUUUUAACUAUCCAUUUUUUUAUUAAUUCAUUAUAUUUUUCAAUUUCUAGAAGUAUUUUUUUUUUCCUCCGUAAUUUACUUGGACAUUCUUGAUCUUUUGAACCUGCUUAUGUUUUCAGUCAUUUGUAAUAGACACUCUGAUUCCCCAUGAGCAUCCCCUUCACCAGGUGCUGAGAGUUUUGGUGCUAACAGACCAUAGGCACAUCUUUUUUUUCUGGAGGAAACCCACAAACUAUGACUGAUUGAGAGAAUAAAAAAAAAAAUCCUUUGUAUCAAGCAGAGAAGGAGGGGUACUUUACAAUGCACUUUAUGUUUCAGAGACCAUUCUAAUCUGUUGAUUAAGCCGAGACUAGAAUUUAACCUGAGACCGUACCCUUGUUUAGCUCUUACUUCUUUCAUAUCCUCCUGUACUACCUCCUUAACUUUGUUUGCGCUUGCGUGCGUGUGUGCGUGCGUGUGUGCUUGUGUGCGUGUUUUCCCUCUGAGAAGCAGCCCUCGAUAAAACAUACUCGACAAAAUUCCCAUCUCAAGCUCUUCUUCUAGGGAACAGAAUCUAAGACAGGUUUUCCUUUAAAAAUAAUAAAUAUUUUACCUUCUGUUAUCUAUGAAGACUUUAUAGUUUGGCUUCUUUUGGUUUUCUCACAUAAUGCCUUGUUUCCUUAUGUGCAUUGUUAUUGUUAACCUAGAACUGUUUAUUUAAAUUUCAAUUUGUAUGGAAGGCUGGGUUAAAGUUGAGUUUUUCCAAAGAGAAUUCAAGUCUGCUUCCAACAGUUGCCCAAGGCCACUCCUGAUAUAAAAACACUUCAAAUUUUUGGUUCCAGCUUACUCAGACCACAUGAAUAGGAUGAAGUUGGAUACAUUAGUCCAUGUGAGGGCCAGUUUGUCAUUACAAAUCUCAGAAUAUAAUCAUUUGUCUUGAUGACCCUUAUAUAUCUUUUUGGGGACCAACAUUAAGGAGGACUCACCUUUUAGCUUGUUUACCUUGCAUUAGACCUGUUAGGUGGCUGAUUCAGCUAUUGACACUGAAUCUUAAUAUCCCUCAGAUUUGGAAGAAACUCUUGUGAUAAAUGCCAGCUUUGAUCCUUGUUUGCUUCCCAGAUUCCUGCCUUCAUUUCGUUUUGGUAUUCUGAGAAUUCUUUACUUUCAUGCCAUCUUGCUUUUAAAGUUUUUUUUUUUUUUUUAGUCUAGCAUUUGUAAUUGGGAGAGUAAUUCAUGGAAUCUAAUCUCCCACAACAUGCCAAACUAUCAAGAAAUGUUUAAUGACUGAAAACUUCCUGUUUUCGUAAGUAGAAUAUGUGAUCAAUAAAUUAGACUUUCUUAAAAAACUCAUGCACAUCUAUAUAAAUACCACUGUUUUUAUAGUGAUGCCCUUAGGAGCUAUUGUAAUAUAAGGUUGUUUGUGGAACCCCACAUUAUGCAUAUUUUAUGCUGCUGAAUUUAUGCAAAACUAACUGGAGAAGAGGCUGGAAAUUAAGUUGAUAACUUCAUUUCAAAUUAAAAAUUUAAAUUUUUUACAGAUACUUUCUGCUGAAGAACUUCCUACUUAUUUGAAUUCAAAACCAUAUGGGUUUACCUACAAAUUGUUUCAUGACUUUGUUCCACAUGGCUGAUAUUUUGGUUCUCUUGGUGUGCCCCUCAGCACUUAGCACUGUGCUGAACCUAUAGACAGCCCUUAGCAAGCAGGUAAUUAAUGGGAAAUGGGCAGGCUUGACAAUCACAUCUGUUCUACUAAUCAUCUCAUCUUUGCCCCAAAAGGAAGCUAAUAGAAAAUCCUUUAUGGUUGAAUCUGAUUCAAACCUGAGCACACUACAAUAUGCCAGAAAUGUCUGAGAUAUUUAAAAUAGCUAGCUUAAGUAGAUACAAGUUUUCCAAGGUAGGAAUUCAAUUGUAUUCUGUUAUCCAGGUUGGAGACCGUUCUACAAUUUUCAGAAUUGAGGGCAUCGAAUGUACUGAUUAUGUCAAGUUUACUAUCACAUUGCAGCCUUCUUUACCUUAUAAAGAAGCCCUGGUGCCACAGUGGUUAAAGUGAUCAACUGUUAGCCAAAAGGUAGAUGGUUCAAACCCACCAGCCACUCUGUGGAAGAAAGAUGCGGCAGUCUGCUUCCACAGAGAUUUACAGCCUUAGAAACUCUAUGGGGUUGCUAUGAGUCAGAAUCGACUCGAUGGCAGUGGGUUUGGUUUGGGGGUUACCUUAUAAGGACCCCAAAGACCCUCUCCCAUUGCCCCAUCCAGGACCAAAGUUCAUAGUGACUUAAUUGUCCUAAAUCAAAUGAGAGAAAUGCAGUCAACCUCUUGCCACCAAGACCCUUUCACUCUCUCACAAAAGACAAGCAAGCUAACUUUGGGUUUCUUGGCUUCAAUUGAAACUUCAAUCUCGUAUACUCACAAUAUUCCUUUAGGUGAAAAGAACUGCGUUUUUGUGCCAAUAUUUACUAAGCAGAGGUCUUAAUUUUCUCUUUCCCAGUGUGUGGGAGCUUCACUUCACACAGCUCUCCCUCCAUUCUAUUGUGUUAAAACAGCAAGCUUGUCAAGAAUGGAGACAUUGUGGUGAUAUAUGCAGACACUAUGGGAGGGAGACAUUUUCUCUAUGGGUUAAAGCAAGUAGUUGGAUCAAAGUCAGGAUGUAGAUGCUACAGCUGGUCUGGGAAAAUGGCAAUUAGAAGGGAAAAAAGAACAGAAAGAGAGAAUCACAGACAGUCUUUUUUUAGGUGGCAGCAACAGAACCAGACUGCUUGAAACUGGUAACUGGCUCCAAAUGUCACCUUUUUUCACUGAAUUCUGAAUAAUAUUGCCAUUUUAUAACUGUUAUUGUGUUGUAUUGGUGGCCAUAUUAGUUCACAACGAAAUGGUUACAUUUUUAUACAUUAUAAAAAAAAUACAUUAUAGAUGCUAUUUAUGUCUUAGAUUUCUUUCUCUCAACAAAAUUUCAGAGGAUUGAAGAAAGGCAUGUUAAAGCUUAGGGAACACUUCCUUCCAAUGACUUUCAGGCCAGACGAAGCUGGUACAUUCAUUGCCAUCAAUUUCAGCACUUUUACCUGGUUUAACACCCCAGUGCCUGUCCAAUUACCUGUCUUUUGGAAAAUCUCAACUUUUCAACAUGAUCUAAAUGUAUAGCGGUGUCAGAGAGAAUAGAAAUAUAAUAAAGCAAUAAGAAAAAUAAACAUUUUAGUAUUUUCUCUGGUAGGUUUGGUAACUGACAAUCACUUUUCCAAAAAAAAAGUUAUAAAAUUACUAUAUGAUAAUCCAUGUUUUCAGGUAAUGCUCAUCUUCUACCUCACAAAAAAUUAUAAUAAAGGAAUAUAAGUAACAAACACAUUAAAACCACAAAGAAAUGAUGGGGACAAUAGCAUGGGAGAUGCUGUAAAGUGGAGGGAAAUAAUGUAGCUGGUGGAGAAAGCCGAAACAUAAUUACCUGUAUGACAGGGGAAUGGUAUCAAAGGAUAGUAAUAGGAUUCAUGAGCCCCUGGGUGCUGUAAAUGGUUCACAUAUUCUGUUGCUAACUGAAAGGUUGGAGGUUGGAGUUUGUCCAGUGAUACCUCAGAAGAAAGGCCUGGAGAUCUACUGAAAAAUCAGCCAUUAAAAAUUCUAUGGAGCACUGUUCUACUCUGACACACAUCCAGUCACCAUGAGUUGGAGUCAACUGGAUGACAACUUGUUUGAUAAUACCAUUCAAGAAAAGGAACCAUUGGAAUGUUAGGUAUUAGGGGUACCACCUAACUGUGAAGGCCAGGAUAAGGGUGGAACUGAAUUAAAAAAAAAAAAAAACUUUAUUAUUUUUUUUAUUUUUUUUAGGUAGUUGAAAAUCUGUAAAACUAGCAAUCAGCCUCCCAGAUCCCUUCCUGCAGCCCGUGCAACCAUAACACUGUAUCUUACCCACACCCACAACAGCAGGAGUUUACUUUCUAGAGAACUUGGAGGAGUGUAGCUCUGGGCAUGAAACAUGAAGAUAGCUGAGGAGCAGGAUGAGGCAUUUGAUGGAACACAGGGUGACUCAAUGACUAUUUGCAUUCUAAUUGGUGAAAGUUUCAAAUUCCUUCCACCACAUGGCUUCCAAGAGCACACCGCCAGGCUCAUAACCAUCACACCAGGGAUAUGUUUGUUGAUUUCUCUGUGGGGAAAAAAUGUUCAGUUCAAAUAUUAAGAGUUUCAAAUCCUUACAAGGGUCUCAUUGUGGUAUAAAGAUGCCCAACAAUCAAGAAGUCCCGUUUGUGCACAGAAUGAGUUUUAGAGUUUCAACUUCUAAAAAUGAAAGAACACAGAGUAAUGCUAGACAUUUGAUAACAACAUUUAACAUGCAGAACGGAGUCCAAAAGACACAACUUAGUGGAAACAGCAUGGAAAGAGGAGAAAAAGAAAAAAGCUAUCAUAAAUACCUUCAGAGAGACAAGAAAAGUAACACAGAACAAAGAAACUAUGCUUUCAAACAAAGUCUUGGAAAUUAAAACUACUAGGAAUAAAAAUUCAAAGGGCAUACUGGAAUACAAAAUUAUGGGACUAUUUUGAAAUUAGAACAAAAGUGAUAAAACAAAUAGAAGAUUAUAAAGGAAGUCAACAAGUCUACUAGCAGUUACAGAAUAAGAGCAGAUUAAAUUUUUAAAAAAUUAUCAAAAAAUGAAAGAAGAAUUUUUCCUAAAAUUGUAGACUAUGUUUCCAAAUUAAAAAGGCCCAAUGGGUGCUUAACAUUUUUUCUGUGGGUAAUAAUUUUUUUUUUUUUAUUUAUUUCAAUCACAUCUUGGGAAAAAUGUAAAACACUGGAAUAAAAAAAAAAAUUCUAAAAUCUUUUAGCAAAAACAAAACAAAAAAAAGCCCAUUCAAAACAUAAGCAAUCAGGAUGGUAAAGGAAUGCUCAACAACAUAUCUGGAAGGUGAUGAUACAAGAAUGCUUUUGAAAUUCAGAUAGAAAAUGAUUUUCAAUUUAUAAUCCUAUGACAAGCCAAAAUAUCAAUAAAGGUGGAAGUAGAAUAAAGUAUUUUCAGUUGUGUAAGGCUUCAGAAUUCUUUCCCGUUUACUGGAAGGGAGCUACUGGAAGACAUACACACACACACACACACACACACACACACACACACACAAGAAAUUAAUCCAAAAAAAUAGGAAUAUAUUUGAACCAAGAACAAGGGACUCAAAACAAGAGAGAGAUAAGGGAUAUUUCCAGAAAGAGGAUGCAGGAAAGUCUGGUGACAGAGUCGCUCAGCCUUAGAGAGGAACCUCACCAGAGCAGAGCAGAUGUUCGGUGGAUUUGGAAAUGUCUCUCCCUCUCCGUCCCUGUGUCUCUUUCUCUCUCUCACAUACACACAACACAAUACCUAAUGCCUGAUAUAUUUGACCAUCAUGAGAAGAGUUCCAAGUUCUGUUAGAACUAAUUUGAGGAUCCAAAUUAAUAGAAACAGGAAAAAUUGGACAAAUAUAAAAAAAGGCAAUUAUUCACUUUAGGGAAAAUAUGUUUGUAUAAUAAAAGACACCUUAUCAUAUCGGACUAUACUAUGUGGUAUAGAAGGUAUGCCCACUAUUUCUCAAUUUAAUAUUUAAAAAUCCUAAAUUUUCCUACUCUUUUGUUAUAUAUUCAGCGCUAGCUGUGAACAAUAUUUAUGUAGCUAUAAACUUGCAAACAAUGAAUACUGAUUUAAUCAAAAGCCGUGGUUUCUCUACCUGUGGAGGAUGAAUGGGGAGAAAGUGUAUGGGUGUGUAUUUAUGGGUCAUGGGGCAGAGGAGAGCUAUGACACUGUAGUUAAGUCCUCAGUAUCCACAGUCAGAAAAAUAAUAUUGCAAAUUUGAAAAUAAGGAAAUCACAGCAAACUCAUAUGAUUUAAAAAUAUGGAGCUAAAUAUAAGUAGAAAUAGCUAAAAUAAUUAAAAGCAGUUGCCUCUAGGUUCGCAGGAAUUAGAGGUUGGUGUGGAGGGUCAGAGGACUAUUAAUUUGGACAUAAGACUUGUUACAUGCAAAGAGGUGCACUGCAGGGAUUAAGUUCACAGAUUUUGAAACCAAAACUCCAGUGUUCAAGCCCUGGCUCCACAAUUUACUAGUCGGGAAACCUUAUAAUUUAAAUACUUGGAGACCUUGGUGGUGUAGUGGUUAAAAGCUAUGACUGCUAACCAAAAGGUCGACAAUUUGAAUCCACCAGGAACUUCGUGGAAACUCUGUGGGUCAGUUUUACCCUGUCCUGUAGGGCCGCUAUGAGUGGAAAUCGACUCAACAGCAACAGGGUUUUAUUUUUUAUUUGUUAUGCCUUUAUUUGGGCCCUGGGGCAGUGGUUAAGCAUUUGGCUGCUAAUCAAAAGGUGGGUGGUUGAAUCCACCAGCCACUCCGUGGAAACCCUAUGGGGCAAUUCUACUCUGUCCUAUAGGGUCGCUAUGAGUCAAAAUCCACUGGAUGGCCAUGGAUUUGGUUGGUUUAGGCCUUUAUUUCCCUGUUUAUAAAACUGGAGAAUAAUAGUACUUCUUCAUAGGAUUGCCUUACUGAUUGAGUGAGUUAAUGCAUGAAAUCAUUUAAAUUAUUUAUGGCACAGAUUACUAGGAUUAGCGGUACUAUGUAACUUAACUGCUUACAUAAAUUACUUUGAUAAAAAAAAAAAAAAUGAAGACAGAAGCUUGGCCCAUUGUGUGCUACAUGGAAAGUGGUCAAAAACUAGAAAAAAUCAUAUUUAAAAACUAAAAAUUGAUGAAUAUUCAAUAAUAAAAUCAGUCCAUUUUAAAAUGUUCAAAGUGUGUUUUUUAAUGUCUGAAAUCUAUAAACAAGAACAUUUCAUUAAUUAUGUUUAACUAUGAAAAAGUAAUUUGCUUCCAUUGUAACUAUCAGUAUGUGAACAUCUUGCCUAAGAUGUGAAUUAAAAGAGGCUUCUAGAAAAUCAGAACUUCAUUUGCUGAAAGGAAUGAAGAUGGUAAAAUUAAACUAAUAAUUAAUAUUUGCCAGAAGGUUAAUUAAUAAUGAAAAUAAUAUUUCUGUCCUGCUGAACAUUAGUCCUGCAUCUGCUUUAGAGAUACUUAUAGGUUGGCAGGUAUGCCCUCUAUUUCUAAACUUAAUAUUAAAAAAUCUAAGUUCUUGAUAUACUUUAACAUGUAUCUCUACUAUUUCACAAAAAUUGAAUGUAAAAUUUCAUCACAACUGAUACUGAAUGUAUUUGCUUCUUGAUAGAGAUUAAGGACACGAAGUUUUCCAAAUAUCGACUGUGUUUAAAGAGACGUUGUGAAGCGGGGAAGGAAUUUGGGGAAUGUUUUGAUUUUGGUGGUUUUAUUAAUUGUAACAUGCAGUAAACCAUGUAUUUGUUUUUAUUUAUAUUUUCAACUACGAUGUAAAUAAGAACACCUCCAGAUAUUCUUUUUGGCAGGCACAAAAGCUGUUUAUUCAACAGAUGAUAUAGACAAUAAUGCAUGGUUCAUAAUUAGUGAGAAAGCUGUAGCUUAUGAAGUUCUGAUGGCAUUCAAACAGUUUGUGUGUAACUAAACUAAGGCUGUUAGGGGAUGGCAGCUUAAGACAUUUUGAACAUGUGGACAAAAAAAAUUGAAUUUUUAUUAUUGUAAAUGAAAAAGGGAGAUUUCUGGGAAAGCUAGACAAGCAUACUGUCAUCUAGGCUUGAGUGAGUUCAGAAGGAACGCUGUCAUAUAAAUAGAAACCUGCUUUUCCAAGUAUAAAGUCCCUGGGUGAUGCACACGGUUAAAGCUCUUGGCUGCUAACUGAAAGGUUGGAGGUUCGAACACAGUUCUACUCUGCCACAGGGCUGCCAUGAGUCAGGAUCGUCUUGACGGUACAACUGGUUUGGUUUUUGGUAUCCGUAUAUUGAACAAAUCUUUGCCUCAACUCUCAUGCACAACGUGAGGGACAAGUAUAUCUAUAUGGUACAAGCAAUGUGUAAAGAGCAUUGUUGGGUACACACUAUUAUGUUCAAUUUGAUUGAUAAUUAGUAUGCUCAGUUCAUUUGGUAAUUGAUAUGGUUUGCCUAAAACUUAGGCCAGUUCUCCAUACAUAUAAAAUAAUGACUACACAUUUCUUCCAACUUUGAAUGUUUUAACUACCAUGUUGGGUUGUCCUUUGAUUGUCAAUCCAAAUGAUCACUAAUCCAAUUGAGUAGAAAUAUAAAACCAAUCACACCCUGGAUUUUAAUUUUGUCAAGUUACACUAUCAUAAUUUCAAGAACUAGGUUUAUACUUCAUAGCUGAUGGGAUUUUCCUAGACUAACAUGUAAAGAAAGUUUACAACAUGGAGUAGGCUCUGCUACAAAUGAAAAAAAGCUCUAUUUGACUGAUUUAAAUCUUAUAUGGUAAUUUAUAUUUUAAUGAAUAUUUGAUGGAAUUUAGAAUCAUAUAUAGCCAAAUAUAUUGCCAUCUUUCAUGUUUCCAAAUAGUAAAGAAUAAAAUGUUUUAUAAUUACCAUCAUUAGAUUGGGUUGUCAUUCAAUUUCCGUUAGACAUGAAAAUAUAAUUAAAAAUAGCAUUUGUUAAGAAUUUACAAUAUACAAGACACACUGCCAGGUGCUUUACAUAAAUUAUCACAUACAGUCUCCAGGCCAGUGUUAUGAGGUUAUCCCUGUCCUCAUUUUAUUUAUAAAGAAAUAGAGGCUCUGAGAUAUGAAGUAAAUAAUCUAAUGCCAUAUUCCCUUUAACAUACAUAAUCUGAAGAAGAGAAAUAUCUGAUGAAAAUGUACAGCAUCAUGUAGAUAAUGUAGACCUAGUGUGUUUUAUUCUGAGCAUCAGAAGCUUAGGAAAAAAAUUACAAUGAAACAUACAUAUCUUUACAAGACUAAGUGCACUCUGGACAUUUUCAUUACAAUACACUUUAUAAAAAAAGAUGAAGCUAAAGCAUUUGUGCAUAUAUGUGUAUGUGAUGUUUAAAAAAGAAUUUACCCGAAAGACAAAGACUAAUCUAGUUAUCACUACUGGACAUAUGACAACAUUUAAAGACAUUAAUAGUCAGGAAAUUUUGAGUGCCAGGAAACUGUAUUCAAAGAAAACAACUGUUUUCAUAGUUCUCUGACUCCCAAUCCAUAUUUUAAAGGAAUUUAUGUUAUUUACAGUUUAGAAAUAUAUUUCAAAAUUACAUUCAUAGUUUCCUUACAAGAAAGAAAAUAAUAAGGAAGGAAAGAAGGAAGAAUUAACUAGUAAGACUGAGAAAGUAAAUUGUUGCUUUCCUUUGGAAGUGUUUCCCAUAGAAAAAUUUUUAACUCAUUUUAUUUUUAAUUUUCAGGAAUUUAAAAGAAAAACACAUUUUAAUAUAGAAGCUUACAUAUAGUUGAAAAAUAUCUACUAGUUAAAUAAAAGACAGAAAGACACACUGGGUCACUUAAAAAAUUGGGUAUUACAUUGAGAUCAAUUUUAUCACAAAAUCUAAACUCCCUUUUGCAGAAAAUUAUCCAUGCUCUUUAUACUCCCUGAAAUAAUCCAAUGUAUGCACCGAGUACCUGAGGUGUGUAAUAUAAUAUUUCUGCUGCUUGCACAAUUACAAAGGAAACAGUGUUGGCGUGGUAUCGAUUACCUCCAUCAGAGGAACCCCAGUAAGGAGAGGACGCGAGGAGAAUUAGACCCAGAAUGUCAACUCACUCCAUUCCCAGUAGGUGUUGAAGCCUCCAAAGAAGGCAUGACUCAUGGGUACUGGGUAGAACAGCAUUUACUCACAGAAAAUAGAGGCACAUUAAGAUCAACUUCAAUAGUGGUGUUGGUUCCUUGUGGCCUACAGGUUUCGCUUGGCAGCCAAUUCCGAGUGGAGGACUGUACGCACUCCUUUUGUGCUGCAGGCAAAGGACCCCGUUUCCUCCCGCUGAGAACAGAUAUAGCAGUAAGAUUGGUCAGGUGCCAUGUGAUGCCCACAUAUAAGCAGAACAAAGAAGUACGUGUUAGGCCUGUAACAGGGAGAUAUUCCCAAACAAGGCAGAACACCCAGUUCAAACUGUUCUCUCCCUGUAAUAAGAUGUUUCAGGCUUGAGGUCCUGAUGAGACAGCCCAAAGGAGGGGCAUAGAGUCUCAGAUGACUGCUUUCCCAACCAAGAGCUUACUUCAACUAAAUACUUGAAGAACCUUAUUCUACUUCAUCUAGUAAUAGUCCUUAAAUAUAAAGUGAGCCUGAAGACUACCUUAUGUACUAAGAAUGGAAAAAUAAACAUUUUUUGAACACUUAAAUAGGUGUAUACUUCAAAUUAUACAAUAUUACAAUAAUAUUGAGAAAAACAAUAUAUAUAAACCAGUUUGAUCAUAAUAAAAUAGGCAACUCCUAAAAGUGGAAUGAAUUAUCCACUUCCAGGCAAAUGAAGUAAUGAAUUGAACCGACUUAAAAGAAAAUAUGGCAAUAUAUACUGAACAAUGGUUCUCAGACUUUGGACUACAAGCACCACAGAACUGUGCUUCCUGAAAAAAAAAAGGAAAGAAAACAAAGUGACCCUGGUGACUUUACUGGCUUAUAGGCUGAAGACUGUUACCGGGAUGCAACACAGGAAAGACAAACUCUAAAAGCCUACCUAUAAGUCUCAUUGAGUUGAAGAGACUGAGAUUGUUAAAAACUCUUAGCAAUCCACCUCUCAAAUCAGGAAUAAGGCAAGGGUAUCUGUUCUCCCCACUCUUAUUCAACAUAGUACUUGGAGUUCUAACAAGUACAAUAAGGCAAGAAAAAUAAGUAAAAGAUAUACAUAUUAGAAAGGAAGACAUGUAACUGCCCCUAUUUGCAGAUUCCCUCAUAUGUCUGUCAGUUUAUUGCACUGCGGGGGCUUCAGUGUUGCUGUGAUACUGAAAGUUAUGGCACCGGUAUUCAAAUACCAGCAGGGUCACCCAUGGCGGACAGGUUUCAGCUGAGCUUCCAAACUAAGACAGACUAGGAAGAAGGUCUACUUCUGAAAAGAAUUGGCCAGUGAAAAGCUUAUGUGUAGCAGCUAAACAUUGUCUGAUAUAGUGCAGGAAGAUGAGCCCCCAGGUUGGAAGGCACUUACUGGGGAAGAGCUGCCUCCUCAAAGUAGAGUCGACCUUAGUACAUGGUUGGAGUCAAGCUUUUGGGACCUUCAUUUGCUGAUGUGACAUGACUCAAAAUGAGAAGAAACAGCUAAAAACAUCCAUUAAUAAUUGGAAUGUGAAAUGUACAAAGUAUGAAUCUAGGAAAAUUGGAACUCAUCAAAAAUGAAAUAGAGCACAUAAACAUCAAUAUCCUAGGCAUUAGUGAGCUGAAAUGGACUGGUAUUGGCCAUUUUGAAUUGGACAAUCAUAUAGUGUAGUACUCUGGGAAUGACAACUUAAAGAGGAAUGGUGUUGCAUUCAUCAGCAAAAAAAAAAAAAAAAAAAACUUCAAGAUUUAUCCUGAA